GGUUUUAAACACCAAAACAGAAAUUGCUCCAACCACCGCGGUCGACCUCCACCACUACGCAACGAAUUAGCGACGCCGCCACUAGCCGAUAUUAACACCACUACCAAAAUUACAAAAUAUUUUCAAGGUUGAAAUUCUCUUUAAUUGAAGAAAAAUCAUCAAUGAACCCAGUUCAGUAUCAACCAAUGGCACCUUCUCAGCAAUGGGGCCCAGUAAUUCCUCCUAACCCACCUCCUUCUAGAACUUUCUGGAACCACUUGAAUAUACAACGCCAUCUUAAAGACUUACAUGAAACUCUCUUUCUCGCUAAUUCACUGAAAAAAGAGUUGGAGAUGAUGAUGAAGAUGAAGGAAGCAAAAGGGUAUAUUGGGAAAGGAAAUGAUGGUGUUGAUGGAUCAAUUGAUGGUUUAGAAUUGGAUGAAUAUUUAAAAUUUUUUGAGGAUAAUAAGAUUGAUUUUGAUGCUCAAGAGUUGAUUUUAGUGGAGGUUGCAAAUGGGGUAAUGUCAAAAUUGAGGUUUUUGCUUGAACCAUUUAGGGUUGUUACUGAUGAUGGGAUUCCAUGGGAGGAGAAGUCUUCUGUUGUUAGAUUGAGGGACAAGAUUAACAAGUCGAAACGUAAUAAACUGUGGAGGAAGAAGAAGAGGCGGCGUGUAGCGGAGUUGCUUGCUAAGAAAGGGGAGCAAUUUGAGAAACUCAAUCGAGAAGCUGAUGAAUGGAGGGCUAAAGAAAUCGCCAAGGAUAUGGCACAACAAAAGGUAGAAAAGAUGAAAGGGAUUGCAAAACAGAAGGCUAAAGAGGAGAGGAAGAAAUUGAAAGCUGAGCUUGACCUGGCGCUGAUGGUUGAGAAGUUACAAGAAUUGCGCUCUAUCAGAAUACAGAAGCUGAAAAAACAAGGGCAUUUUCUUCCUGAAGAAGAUGACAAGUUUCUUGAGAGAGUUCAAGCUGCAGUUGAAGAGGAAGAGCGACAAGCAAAGGCUGCUGCAGCCACAGAUGCGGCCAAGGAUGCUAUCGCUGCUGCUGAAGAAUCUAGAAAAGUUACCCAGGGUACCAAAUUAGAUACAGAGGAUGAAAACAGCAAGGAUGAUGGUGAGGAAAAGGAAGAACAGAGAAGUCAGAGCAAAAGUGGGCUUGCCUCUCAUGCAUCCACUAGCAAAGACUCUGAGAAACAAGGCUUUGAUAGGCAAAACCAUGGUGCAUAUGACUAUGUGGCUAAUUUACCACCGGAGUUCUAUCAUUAUUACCAUGGAAGUACUACUGACAUGGGUACUCUUAUUGAGGUUCGCAGAGCAUGGGAUGCAUAUAUAAGACCUGGUGGAAGUCGGAUUCCGGGCCACUGGGUUCAACCACCCCCUCCAGCAGACGAUGUAUGGGCAUCAUAUCUUGUGCAGCGAUAAUGAUACUCCAGUUCCAACAGUAGCCUAGUAGAUGGCUUUGUAUUUUACAGAACAAGUGUUGACUUUCAGUACUGGACAUCCUUGAUGAACAGCGAGUGUUUGAUGUAUGUUACAACUAUUCAGAAGAUUAAGCUGGGGUCUUCAUGUUAAUUUAAAGCACAAACCCAGGUAAUUUUAUGAUCUUGGUUGAAGCUGAACUCCUGAGACAUAAUACCGGUGAAGAAAACUGUCGAAGCAAUGUACAUAUAUCAUUCCUUUUAUCUCAAUAUGUAGACAUUUGUUCAUUGUCACUUUUUAGUAGUUAUCAAAUUCAAGUCCCAUAUAUCAUUCCAGCAAUCUUGUAUACCCCUUCCAGCUCCAAUAUGUAGACUCAAACUCAAAUGCAAGUGUUGCCAGACGGCCCAGAGCAACUUCAAGCUCGAAAAUAAAGGGGUAUCCUUCGCAAUAUCCUUUUUGCAAAAUAGUACUCCCUCCGUCCUCUAUUAGUUUACCCGUAUUCCUUUUAAGGGUGUCCCUUAUUAGUUUACCCCUUUUUUUUGCUGUUUUUGGAAUGGGGCCACAAACUUUUCAUCACACAUACAUUCAACUUUAAUAUAAAAUAAUAAUUUCUCUUUUUUUCUAUGUCCCACAACAUUAUUUCUCCUAAAACUUUGUGCAAAAAGAAGGGGUAAACUAAUAGAGGACGGAGGAAGUAUUAUGUAUACCAUAUUCGUUUUCUGACGUAUAAAAAUGUAUCUUUGUUGAAAACAGUUGGAACUUUGAAGGGAUAUAUAGAUGGGAUAUAUAGAUUGCAACUUAUUGAAAUUCUACAGGAGAAGAGGAAUACAUGUGAGAUAUCUUUGCUUUUCCAGGAAAGGAAAUUUACACGUUUAUUACACUUUCAAUGAUUCUCAUAUAAUGAAGUUCCCUUUCUGUGACAAAUAAUUAUUCUAUUGAUACUUAUCCUUUCUACUUACAA